CAAUCGUCCGUGACGCGGCACUGACGCUCACAGCGCUUCAGCUCACCGCAUUAGACAGCUAGCACGCAAUUUCGUUCUACGGUGACACGUACAUGUCUGUCGAAACCUCCAAGAGAACACGAUCCCAACUAGCCGUACCUGAUCAUGUCCUGAGGCUACCCCUCGCGCGUUCUCCUCUCAAGCACGCCAGAGUCACCUCGAAGAACCAGUCGCAUUCAGAACCAAACGAAAAUAAGGAGGGCGAGGGAUAUAUGGAUGUUGAAGAGGAGGAAGAUGAGAACGAGAACGACGAAAUACUCUUGUCGCCGAAGAAGAACAAAAGGUCAUCUGACACAUGUCACCAAGACCUGCUCAGUCCCGCAAGUCAUCGUGAAGCAAAGCGUAUCAAAAUAGAUCCAUUACCGGCGUUGAGCUUGUUGUCAAUGGGUCACUCUGUAGAGAAGACAUCACAAUCUCCCAGGAAAAUGGCAGAACCGUUUGUCCGCGCUGCCACUGAAUCAGCAUGCCAUGCUACGAACGGCAAGGUCAAGUCAUGCUUCAUUUUUUCUGGGCGUGCACGCUCUGUUCCGCUUCCUACAGAUCGUGUUCCAGAACUCGACCUUCGAACCCUUUCUCCGAUGCGUUCACCUCGGAAGGUGCACAAUCAAUUGAAGAUCACGCCUGUCCCUCCACCUACAGAGGUGGUCCCGAUCUCUCCACUUACACCGCUCUCUGCCACCGAUGAGGGUGCUCCCAACACGGAGAAUGCAAUGGAUGUUGAUACUGCGUCCGCUAUGUCCCACUUCACAAACGUACCGAAAUUUGUCCUCAAGCUGCCUGAUACAACCAACUUGAUUGUUCAUGCUGAGUCUGCGACACCACGAAAUUUGAUCACGUAUCCUUCGCAUAUGUCUCUUUCUCCUCUUACGCCUCUGCCGCCCACUUCAUUCAUAGGUCGCCGUCCCGCCGUACCAAGUCUUUUUGCUGCUGCUGUUGAGGUGCGCUUAACAUUGGGCGUCGAGUGCCCUAUAGAGAACUAACACCCUCGUUUGAUAGAAGAAAUCCAAAAAAUCUCAAGAUGUUUUGGACAACACUUCGUCACUGAAUGUUGCAGGAUCUUCAACCUCCUCAGCAGCUCCCUCUCGUCUUCCACGUCCAUCCACGUCCACCUCAUCGCUUAUGCCUCCUCCGCCUGUGCCAGUGAAACGGGGGCGCUCGGCAACCAUUGGAAGUUCCCAUACC